AUGCACCUGCUAGACAACAAGACAUGCAUGCCCAACAUCACGACACACCGUGCGGCGCACUCUGCGCUCGACAGCGGCACGGCUCAGAUGAGGCUCGUAGCGGCGAGAAUGCACGUCGUCGUCACUUCAAUAUCAGACUCAGGGGAAACGCAGAUCAUCAAUGCCGAAGGCGAACGCGCCUCAAAUAAUGAAAACCUUGUGGUACGCAGCAGCACAAGAAAACACACACACAUAAUUCACGUCCGCCGUCUCAACGGACAUGUGCAAUUCACCCUGCGAGCCUCACGAAAAGUGUCCGAUCGGAUCAAAUCGUUAAAGAAAAGCUCAAAUCUAUCAUUCUCAUUUGGAAGACCACUGGCCCGCUGGUAA